GCUAAAAAAUAUGACAUUUGGCACUUUAUGGCACGCGCCAAUAGGAGCCAGCGAAAUCGAAAAACGCAAAGAAAGAUAAAAAGCCUAAAGCUAAGGAGAACAAAACAACCAAGACAAAGGCGACAGAAAAGAAUGCGAAAGCGACCGCCAAAAGCACUCAAAAAGCCACCACUCCCAAGGCGGCAAAGAAAAAUGUGCCUAAAUCCAAAGCGAUGACGAAAACGUCGCAAAGUUCCAAACUGUCAGAGGCGGCUGGCAAGCUAAAGAGUGAGAGUCAAAAGCCACAAGCAGCGGCUGAGAGCGCGUCCUCGAGUCAAGUAGCUCAGACUCAAAGCCAAACGCCUGCAUUAUUAUCGCCUCAAACGCAACCAACGCAAGAAACGCAGACAACACCAUCCGCGCGCUUCAAAUACCAACGCAAAGCAAAGACACCCACCAGCGGUUUUGUGAUCAGUUAUGCCGAGCCGCCGAGCCCCAAUAGCGACGAGACGCCCACGGAAGAAUCUAGCAACAGCAGCGCGAGCGCUCGUGAGGCGCAACAAGCAGCGGCAACGGUGGCGGCAGCGGCAGCGGCAGCGGCAGCGGCGGUUGAAUCGACAGCCUCACUGACGGCCAGCGAACGUGGCGCGGAUACACAAAGCGGUGAUGAAAAGCUGCAGCGGCAGCAGUCCACACCCAAGUCACACAAGCGCGCCAAAUCGCACAAGCAUAAGAAGAGCAAAAAGAAGAUGAAGCACGAGAUGGAGGCGGGUAGUGGUGGUGGCGAUGGCGAUGGCGAGGGUGAGGAACAAGCAGAUGAGGUUGCAAGUUCAUCACGCAUGAAUGGCGUUGUGAUCGCUACGAGCUGCGUAGAAAAUGGUGAUGGAAGCGACAUGGCCGCUAGCGCGGGUGGUGAGCAUGAAGCUGGCGCAAAGCCGCCAUUAACCACCACCAUCAAAUUCAAUGUGAGCGCGCAAAGCAAGCCGAAUGUAAAAAAGACGAAAAACGCCAGUGGCGGCAAGAAGCACAAGCGGCGCAGAUGAGUUUGCAUGCAAAAGGAGCUAGGAAAAUUCUUAAACUAAAAAAAAAAAUUAACAACAUAGUACAAAUUCGUGUGACUCCCUCCGCCUAUUCGUGGCUCGUUUUCUUCUUACACAAUACACGUACAAGCGUAUAGUCGUUUUUUUUUUAACUAAAGUAGUUUAAUUAUUAUAUGUAACUGUAACAACAACAACAACAUUGAAUAGUGUUAGGUAAAAAAUAAUAAAAAAAUAAUAAUAAAAAUGAAAAUACAGUAAAAAUAAACAACAACAUUUAGGUAUGUAGCUGCCACUAGUCAGUCAGUACAAAUGUCUGUAUGUGUGUCUGUACACUAGCAAGUACAACUACAACUGUAGCAACAACAACAUAUAACAUCAAUCUCCUCCUCUUCUUCUUCCAUCACGCAUCUUCUCUCCGACGUGUAUCCUAAUAUUGCACCCAUUUACAGUAUUGCCAGUUUUGCACAUCUGGCGAGAAUGAGGACAAGCUGCUGCUAUGCGACGGUUGCGACAAAGGCUAUCACACCUACUGCUUCAAGCCGAAAAUGGACAAUAUACCCGAUGGUGAUUGGUAUUGCUAUGAAUGCGUCAAUAAGGCGACAAAUGAG